UUUCUGACAACGACAAAAUCGCUUGCAAGAAGCGUGUGAGCUGAGUGUGAUCUCACAUCAAGGUAUCUUAAUACCCAACUGUCGCCAUUUUCUGUCAACAAAAUGGCUGUCGAACCAACCCAAAAGCCUAUCCACUCGCUUAUCCUGGAUACUGGCCCACUGAUCAAGAACGUUGUCUCGAUUUCAACAAUCAUCAACUCUGCCGAGGAACUCUACACGACUCCAGCUAUCAUCUCCGAAAUUCGAGAUGAAGCAACUAGGAUGCGAGUGCACACUGCCUUGAUGCCAUUUCUUAAAGUUCGUAACCCUAGCCCGGCAAGCUACGAUGCAGUCAUCGCCUUCAGUAAAAAGACAGGCGAUCAUGCCGUACUGAGCAGGCAGGAUUUGGGAAUCUUGGCGCUGGCGUACGAGAUUCACUGCGAAAGGAACGGUGGAGACUGGGGUCUGAGAUCAGUGCCCAAGGGGCCGAUCAAGCUGAGACCUGAGGAGGAAGAGGAGGCGCGCAAGCAGAAGGAAGCGAAGGAAGCGGCUAAGGCAGCUCAAGAGCAGGCAGCGUUGGAAAACGGCCAAGCCGAAGUGGAAGAUGAGUGGUCGACUGUCACCAAGUCCAAGAAGUCGUCAAAGAAGUCAAAGGGUCAAAACAAGAAGAACAACAAGUCGGAGCAGGCGCAGAACGACCUGACCAUCGAGCAGCCAGCGACUGAGGCCGAGCCCCAGAAACAGUCUGAGGAGCCUGUAGUGCAAGAUGUCACCCAAGAACAGCCAGCAUCUUUGCCUACAGAGGAGAAGCCUGUUGAGGUUGAAAGCACCUCAGAGUCCGCGCAGCAAGUAUCUGACCCUGCACCGGCUACCGAGUCUCUUGAGAAAGACCUGUCAACCCUGGACAUCUCCUUAGGCCAGGAAUCGCAGCAACAACCUACGCCUCCCGCAUCUGACGAUGAGGAUGAUGACGACGGCGAAUGGAUCACUGAGUCCAACCUUCCCGAAUACCAAGUCAAGGAUUCUGGUCUUCAGGCUGAUGUCCGCACGCAGGGCCCCACUCAAAUGGACGUAGCGACCAUGACCAUCGAUUUCGCUAUGCAGAAUGUGCUCCUUCAGAUGAACCUGAAGCUCAUCACCACGAACAUGCAGCGCAUCAAGAAGCUGUCCUCCAAGGUCCUGCGCUGCCAUGCUUGCUUCCAGGUCGUCAAGGACAUGAGCAAGCAGUUCUGCCCACGCUGCGGUGGUGCCACCCUCGCGCGAGUCUCCUGCAGCACAAAUGCGAAGGGCGAGUUCCAUAUCCACCUUGCUAAAAACUAUACCUACAACAAGCGUGGCGACAAGUACAGCAUUCCCAAGCCUAUUGCAGGCACCGCAAACACCAAAUGGAGUGGUCUUGGUGGAGGAAAGGGAGGAUGGGGCAGGGACCUGAUCCUUGCAGAGGACCAGAAGGAGUACACGAGGCAGCUAGCCCAGGACAAGAGGGAGAGGACCAAGGACCUUAUGGACGAGGACUACCUGCCAGGCAUCCUCACCGGUGACCGUGGAAGGGCAGGAGGCCGGCCCAAGGUUGGCGCUGGAAAGAACGCCAACUCCAAGAAGAGGCAUUGAUGGCUUGAUGAAUCAUUGAGAUGUCAUGCAUAGGUUGGCGCUAGAAUAGACUAAGAAUCAGAAGUAGUGCUGGUUCACUUGCCGUCUGCCUGUCUUCAGC